AUGCCCUGUGUAGAUAAAGAUUACCGUGCUUUUGCGCUAGUGUCUUUGCCCUCAAAGCAAAUGCUCCUGGUAGUGCUUGACAAAGGAGAAUUUUCAGCCCUGAAGGAAUCUUUGAAGCCUGUUGCUCAUUCGCUUCUUAAGCCACGUCAGAUUCAGCCAACAGUGACCUUCAUGAAAGCCAGCGAAUUCAGGGAAAUUCUAACGAAUAACGCCUCCAGCCAUAUCAGUCACUAUAGCGGCCAUCAUGGUUCCAACUUUGCAAUCCAUGUUAACGAUGUAUGCCUACAGAAUAACCUCUUGCAGAUUAAGCGUUCUUCUCCCGUCCUAAUCAGGAUGGCAGAUGGCAGUCUCGGAUUUCAGAAGAGAGUGCUUCUAAGGUACCCUUUCAACCUCAUUUUCAAGUUUCCUAGGACAAUAACCUGGCUAGGCACCCACCAACCGUAUCCUGUUCUCGUUGUAAGUCUAGGUGGUGUUGCAGCGGAAGAUAAGGUACAGGCACUAGUAGAUAGUGGCUUGGCCUGGUUACACUCGCAAAUGGCGUGUCCCACUGGAGAGAAUAUAUCGUACCUGUCCCAGGAUUCCAGUGAAGUAUGGGUGUUCUUCAUCUACUUUUCCUUGGUAGCGAAACCGCCUUGCUUCCUCUUUUCGCGGGCGAUAGCGUCCUUCAGAGUUGAUGAUAUCUUGAGUUACGGGAACAAAUUACCAAAGCAGAACUUUAUACUUAGGUUUACGCCCGACUUCUGGGAGUUGUCUUGUGCGGUCUCUUUCGCUUCGUUUGAUAUUUCGGAUCUGCAACUCAAGGCCGUCUUGAACAAAUACUUGGAGAACUGCUUAGCAUGUACUUUGCAGCAGCGCAAUGCACUGGCGCCGUAUGUGUCCAACAAAGCAAAGAUGUGUGAGGGCAUGCACGGGGGCUCUACAAUGGAAUACCCAAUCAAUCGUGGACCUGGCGUCCCACAUACAUCAUGUCUACUCCAGGCUUACAAAAGCUUAAGAUCGAAGCUUAAGAAAAAGCGAGGUGAUCUAAUUCUGAAGCCUAGAGAAAUAGUGGAAAGAAUCACUACUUCAUCGCCUAUAUACCCCUCAAGACUUGAACAGGCAAUCGAUAGUGCCGACAGCGUCAGGGUGGAAGACAAAGGCAAACUCUUAACUGCACUGAUAAUGCGUAGGCGAACGCAGUGUAAGGUCGAAAUCAGAGCGGGUGAGGUGGAAGCCUUCCAAGGUUCACCGAAACUUUUGGUUACGGAUGGAAAAUCUGACCAAGAUAUAGUGAAAGCAGGAGUCAGGCCAGAGUCUCACAACAAUUCCACUGCACCCAGGCCUUCUCCAUUGCCAUCAUUGCCUAAGAAUUAA